AUGAACGGGUUGUAUUCUGAAAAACUAGACGUUGCUCCUCUACAGCUCUUCAAUUGUACACAUGCCGACUGUGGAGCCACGUUCACUCGGGAAUGGCGCCUUGAAGAGCAUCAAACAGUUCACACAGGAGCGAAACCCGUUCAAUGUAAGGUGGAAGGUUGCGGACGUCGAUUCUCAAGGAAAUCUCACCUGAGCCGCCACGCUCUCGGGCACCCCGGGGUCAAGCAAUUCAGGUGUACUUUCGUGAGUUGUACGAAGAGUUUCUUCAAUGCUGACAGUCUGAAGAGGCACGUUCGUUAUGCCCACGGAGAAAAGGAUGCAUAUUUUAAGUGUAAAUUUGAAAACUGCUUGUUGUCGUUCAAGAAACGGAGGGCGUACAAACUACACUUGAAGGUGCACGGCACCUCCCAUAAUUUCAAAUGCUCAAAAGAGGGCUGCAUGGUCAGGUUUGAUUCCCAUGUUACUCGUAAAGCCCACGAGAAGACCCAUGCAGGUUACCGCUGCCCACAAGAGAACUGUCAGAUAAUUGUAAACACCUGGGGCAAACUGCAGAAGCACGUGGCUAAACACCCAGCCACAUUCACCUGUAAACAGUGCCAGAAGGUGUUCAACAAGCAGGAUGGACUGAGGAGACACAAGCGAACUCACGCCCUGCAGAAGCCCGUGCUGCUGUGUCCAAGCCCAGGCUGCAAGGCCUAUUUCUCCACCACCUUCAAUCUGCAGCACCACAUCCGCAAAGUGCACCUACAGCUCCUCAAGUACCACUGCUCCUUCCCAGACUGCCCGCGCACCUUUGCCAUGCGGGAAAGCCUGUGCAGGCACAUGAUCCUCCACGACCCAGACACCAGCCGACUGAGGAAGAGCCAGCGUUCCAAGAAGGGCUGGCAGAAGCGUCUGGAAGGCCACCACCAGCUCCCCCUGGUGACGGAGGACCUGCGUCGUCUCUUCACCCAGCGCAUGCACAUCUCCAGACGGGCCAAGGUGGAGGCCGACCUCUCGGGCCUCUUCAGCGAACGCAAGAUCCCACACUACGUAGACCCAGAGGUCAAUCUGCGGGACCUCUUCAGCAUCAAACCCCCUCGACUUGGGGGAUCCCCUGUUGCUCCGCUCAAAGGUUAAAGGUCCAAGUUUCCUAGUUAUGA